AUGCGCAGCAUAUAUAAGGAUCGGUGGCAUCCCGCAUUUGUCCUUAUCUCUGGAGUACAAGCAAUGACCCUGUUCACGCCUCGAGCGACGGAACCUAUCGGCAUCGACCUGGCCCCACCGUUUCCCACCGUUACUGCACUUGUCAGCCAUGGUUUUGGACAUCUUGAGAAAACCCGAUUUGCACCUGCAAGCGACUGCGGUUACUGGGGUGAUAGAGGGACAUACACAUGUGACAAUAACUACGCUUGCCGAUUCCAUUCAUCGCAUGCCGAAUACCCGGGGAUGGUGGGCUGCUGUCCCAAGGACCCUCUUGGAUUAUGCGAUGGAUUCUAUAGCACUUGCUACGGCCGCCAGGAGAUAUCCAAAACUCCGUCCUUGCUGUCGUCAACUGAUGAUCUCUUUGCUAUAUUCUGCACCGAGGAUGUCUGGUCAUACUGCUUGCCCAGGACCUGGCCUGAGAUAGGCGUUUCCGCAUUCGAAUGUACAAAUUUCACUCUCGGGGCAACGGCUACAGUACACACCAUCUCCACGUACACAGAUGCCUCAGUCCUUGGUAUAACCGUUGUUUCUGCCGUAUCAAUCCCAUGGAUCAAGGAUCACGAAAUGAUCAUGCGUCUAAAUUUCAACCCUACAAAAGCCGCAACAACCCAUUCGUCUCGAUCAACUGUCAUAAACAUGGCGGGCCCCUCUUCAGGGCCCUCUCUGAUCCUGGUGGGUGCAGUAGUGGGGAGUGUUGUCGGGGGUUUUGUGGCGCUUUCUACUAUGGUGAUCAUUCUCUGGAUACUACGAAAGAGAAAGAUAUCCAAGAAUAACUUGUUCUUGAGCCAACAGUCAUCAGAACAGUGUGUAUCUGUCCGCUCAGGCUCAGAAAACCAAGCUUCUCCUCCUGCAGAACGAAAGAAAGCCCAGCGCGCUUGA